AUGGCAAGCAACGAUACAUUCAUCCCGACAUACAGCUCGUGUGACGAGCUCUCAGACCUGUGCCCCGUAGAAGCCACAAUCUACGGCGCAAAGCUUUCCAGCAGCGCAGCCUACUUCUUCGGCAUCGCCUUUGCCGUCUGUCUUCUCAUCCAGAUCUACUUCGGUUGCCGCGCCAGGACCUGGUCCUACCUCGUAUGGCUAGGGCUAGGCACAUCCUUCGAGGUCGCCGGGUACUGGGCGCGUACCCGUCUCGCGGUUAACCCGUGGUCGUUCAGCGCCUUCGCCAUCAACUUCCUGACCAUUCUUCUCGCACCGACCCUCGUCGCCGCCGCCAUCUCCGUCACCUUUAAGAGCCUGGUCAUAUGGUACGGCCAGCAGUGGUCGCUCCUCCGGCCGUCGCUGUACCCCUGGGUCUUCGUCGGCACCGACUUCUUCUCCAUCUUCAUCCAGGUCAUCGGCGGCGGCGCCACGGCUGCGAGCGCCGCCGGCGAGGGCAACGAGACGAUCGCCAGUCUCGGCGAGAAGCUCGUCAUCGGCGGCGUCGUUUUCCAAGUAGCCAACAUGCUCGUCUGCGGCAGCCUGAUGGUCAUCUACACAGCGAGGCGGAAAAAAGCCCUCAAAAACGGUCCGACACUGCUCGAAAACCGUGCGCCUGAGCCAGAGGUUCUCAACGCGGACGGCACCAGGCUCGGCAUUGCGACGUCGCGGGCGACGGCCACGGAGAAGGAAGCCAAGAGGGUGCGCAUCUUUGUGUAUUGCCUCGUCGCGGCUUACAUGGCCAUUAUCAUCCGUUGCGCGUACAGGAUCACUGAACAAAUCCCGUCCAUUUCCUUUAAAGUACUGCGCAACGAGCCCCUCUUCCUGGGUCUCGACGGCGCCAUGAUACUCCUCUCCAUCGGGCUCGUGUCAUUUGUGCAUCCUUACAAAUUCUUCCCAUUUCUCGGAGCAAGCAAGGAGCAGAAAAUUUACCAGCAGAGUGGAGGAUUCCAGAUGAUGCCGACGCAGCAAGAGAACGCUGGGUUCAUGCCACCGCAGGUAUAUCGGCAGCAGCAGUAUAAACAGCAAGAGUACCCUGCAGACGGACGGUAG